AUGGAAUCUUUGAGAGUGCACUCUUCUCAAUCUUCUACCACUGGUGGUGGUGGUAGUGGUGGAGGGAGCGGGAUGGGAAUGUUUGGGUUUGAUCCCUCAAAAUCUAGACCGACAGUAUCAGUACCUAAGAAACGUACGGCCAACCCUUCGACCACCAAGACGAAAGCAUAUACGUCGUCUUCGUACUCACAACCUUCUGCAUCUACAACUACAACUACAAGUACAACUGCCUCGAAGCGAGUGAACCCGUCGUCUUCAUCGCUCAGUCAACAGACAAAAGUCAAGGCAGGAUCAUCUUCUCAACCUCAACCAACGAAGAAAUUAGGUAAAUCUUAUUCCAACGAUCCUGAUGGAUUGAUCAAUAGUUUGCUUGAAACAAGAAACAAUCUGGAGAGGGUAGCUGACAAGCAAGAAUAUAAGAAUUCCUUAAUGAAAGGCAAGGAGAGGGAAAAAGCGAAAGGAAGGGAGAAGCAAUCGAGGUCUGAUGGAAAUGGAAAUGGAAAUGGAAAUGGUCAGAAGAUAUCUAAAUAUCAUGAUCAUCAACGAAAUCCUAUUCCUACUCAAAUAUCAUCACCUUCUUCAUCAUUAUCAACUGCUUCAGAUGAUGAAGAUGAAAUUUCCCUAGGGAGAACUCCACCUGAAAAUAUGCAUAAUGGCUAUAAAUCAAAUAAACAAUCUCAACAAUCUCAAAAGAAUUCAGGUUCACCUUCACCUUUCAUCAAGAAGAAAUCACACUCAUCUUCCACCGUCAAAAUGAAAGUCUUAGUACCUCCUUCCUCUGAUGUCGAAGAGUCACGUACACCCAGAUCCAAAUUCAAACACGAUCCAAAGAUGAAAAGCAAGAAGAGGAAGUCAAGUGAUGAAGAUACAACUGGAUUGACAAGGGACAAAAAUAGAAGACGAAUAUUGAGUUAUGAUGAUUUGAGUGACAACGAAACCGAACGCAAUGAUGAUGAUCAAACUCCCAAAGCUAAAUCUAAAAGCUCGAAAAUCAAAAAUGAAGAUCCUGAUGUACCAUCCAUAUCAGAUGACGAAGAGAUCAAAAUCAUCAAAGCUAAAAAAGCGAGAGAUAGUACUUCUCAUGGUCAUAAAUUCUUUGAACAGUUAGAACAAAUGUCAAGUGAUAACGAUUUCGAAUGGGAAUCGCUGAAUGAUCACACCGAUAUCACCAAGUCCAUCGAAGUAGGGUUGGACGAUGAAGAUGAUUUCAGUCCAGAAGAUAAGGAGUACCUCAUCCCGUUCAAAAGUGUCUCAGAGCUGUGUCCUUACUGCUCUGGACCAUUCCCAGUCGAACCUUCUCCUAAUCUGUUACGACUCAAAGCUGAAUUACAUUCAAUCUCGACGCCGAUGCCUACGAGUCGGAAUCCUGAUGCCAGAAGUCUGAAUUGGCAAAGACAUAUCGACUUUUGUGCACUUCAUCAAGCAGAAACUUCGGUUAUUCCUCUUGGUAUCAGAGAUGGGUAUCCGAAAUCCAUUGACUUUGCAAUACUUGAUCAAAGACUAGAGAGAGGAUGGAGAAGAGACAGGCUAGAUGAGCUUGUGUUACGUCCUGAAACUUCUCAUGUCUUCAAUCGAGUUGUAAAGGAAAUCAAUCAAAUCGGUAAAAGCAAAUGGGCAGGUAUGACCUAUCAGUCCAAGCCUGAGAAUUUGGAAGCUGUGAAGCCUGGAUACUAUGGAGAUUUGGGCAGAACGAUUUUGAUAAACCACUUUCUGUCAUUGCGGAAAUGGGGUCACUUCCCAUCUCUCAAAUCAUCAGAUCCACAUUUUCCACCUUCAAUCGAUCCAUUAACCUGGACUGAAUUCGUCUCUCAUGUCCUGGUACCUGAAUCGGCUCACUUACUUAUCAUGUCAGAUCAAAACUACACUCAUUUCUCUGAAGACGCUUAUAAACAAGCUCAAAAGAUUAGAAAAGAAAGUGUCAACUAUGGUACAUGGAAAUUUAGAGAAGAUGAUGACGAAUCUCAAAAUAUUUUAGAAGAGAUAGAGAACAACAAAGACGAGAAGAAAUUGAGGUUGAAGAAGAUCUACAAAAAGAAGUUGUCGAGACAGCUUGAAGUAGAAAGCGAAGCCAGUCAAGAUGAUAAAGAGAAUAUCAUACCUGUACAAAUGGUCACUCCGAAGCAUAAAUUUAAAGUGGUUAUGAAGAAUGAAGAAGACAUCAUUGAGAUUGAGGAUUGUCCCAAGAAAGACUCCAUCAAACAUCGGUUCAACCCUACCAUAAACAGGACCUAUGAUGGGCGUUCUCAAUCUGGCAAUGAGGAUGAACUGGACAAUGAGGAGGAAGAAGAAUCUCACGUGAUUGAAUCGAAGCAAAUCUCGACAUCUCAACCUGAAGCUGAAAUCCAGAAUUCUCAGGCUAGUACUGAUUACGAUGCCGGAUGGGAUGAUGGAGAGUUACUGAAGGCUGUUGUGACCGUAGGAUAG